AUGGCGAUCGUGACGGGAGAUCGCUACGUCGAGAAGCUACAGAAGUUUCUAGAAGAAGAAACCGAGUCUCUUCUCGAAGAAACCAUUGUUCUCAAGCUUAACCCAGCUGGUCUUCACUAUAUUCACCUCCGCCUCGAGUCUCUCCGCGAACUCGAGCGCAUGCUCUCCGGCGCUCCUGUUGAUUACCUUCGCGCUUACGUGUCCGAUCUCGGAGACUACCGCGCGCUCGAGCAGCUCCGUCGUAUACUCCGAAUCCUCACUUCGGUUAAGGUCGUUUCCACGCUUCCUUCGCCGGCUCGCGAUCCGACGCCGUUGUCUCUUAUUCCCUUUGGUAGGCUUAAGGAUGCGUUGCGGCAUGUUUUCGCCAGUCGAAUUGCCGAGAUAACGAAUUCGCAAGAGUGGAACAAGUUGGCUGUUGUAUCAUGUUCUUGUAACCGUCUUGUGCUCAUGGAUGAGUCCUUGCAGCUUCUUCCAGCUGCUGAGUCGCUUGAUUUGAGUCGGAACAAGUUUGCCAAAGUGGAUAAUCUUAGGAGAUGCACCAAACUGAAGCACCUUGAUCUGGGUUUUAAUCAUCUUAGAACAGUCUCUCACUUGAGUCAGGUAUCCUGUAAUCUUGUAAAACUUGUUUUGAGGAACAACGCUCUAACUACGUUGCGUGGGAUUGAGAACUUGAAGUCACUCGAAGGCCUUGAUGUUUCCUACAAUAUUAUUUCAAACUUUUCGGAAUUGGAGUUGCUUUGGAGUCUUUCACUACUCAAAGAAUUGUGGCUGGAAGGAAAUCCAGUGUGCUGUGCUCGAUGGUACAGGGCACAUGUCUUCAGCUACAUUGCUCUUCCAGAUGGUCUGAAGCUAGAUGGCAAACAGAUAGGAAAUAGAGAAUUUUGGAAGCGGCAAAUCAUUGUGGCCCAUAGACAUAGUGAGCCUGCAGGCUACGGAUUCUAUUAUCCAGCUAGAGAGGAAGGUAACGAAGAAGAAAGCUGUACUAGAAAAAAGAAAAUGAUCAGCCGUCUCGCUUCUAUUGAUUUCGAGGAAGAGAGCACCAACGUGAAUUCUGACCAAGAGACUGUUUCAUGUGAUCACGAGAACAAGGAGAAUUUAAAGUGUGAUCAAGAUUCUGAUAUAUUCGGUCUUAUAAGGAAAGUUGAAAACCUGAAAAAAGAACGUUCUGUUCUGUGGUUACGAGAGUUCAAAGAAUGGAUGGAUCAAUCAUCAAAGGAUUUUGCAGAUGUCAGCAAAGACAGAUAUGACAUCAAUACUAGAGAAAUCUCAAGGCAGCAUAGUGGAACACGAAGAUAUUCGUCCAGGUCUUUACGAGCUUCAAGAGCUAAGAGCCAUAGGAAAAUUUUGGAAUGCAAUGGUUCAUCUGUGGAUCACAAAGCCCGCAUGGAUGAUAUGAAGUACGUUGAAGGUAAUGAAACACAAACUAUGACUAGUGACGUCUCUUCGUUAGGCCUUCAAGCUACAGAUCAAAAUCAGGAAUUUGUGUCGGUUGAACCAAAUAACCUGUUUUCUACAGCCCCUUCGGGGGAGAAGUUAGCUGAAAAUGGAAAUGCGUCAACAUUGGAUAUAGGUCAGGAAAUGAUGGAAUCAUUUUCACCAUCAAUACAUCCUGGGUCACCCCCUCAUUAUCAGAAAGAUGUCUUAUAUCGACGGCAGAACUUGGUCGAAGAAAUCUUACAGCUGUCUGCAGAUUCUUAUUCAGUCGCAUCAUCUGAUAGCACAAGCAGCUGCAGUGAAGAUGAUAACUAUGACUCUGAGUCUGAAUAUUCGAAUCAUGAAAACAGUAGGUUGGCAGAUCUUCUUAAUGUGAAUAGACUACGUGAGGAGAUUCCAGGGUGUGAACCAAAAGUAACAAGCUCUCUUGAUUCUCAACCGGAGAAUGGUAGCACAAUGGAGACUUUGAAGACUGAUGGGUCGAUGAAGGAGACUACCACUAAUGUUCUUUCUGAAUUGCAUAAUGGUGGACGUGUUUGCCAUUUGGUUGAGACAAGGAAAAGCAUAAGGAAACCUAUAAAAAGAUUUGUUUCCUUUCAGAAAGAGGAAAGUUGCAUUAAUGCGGAGGCAUCUCACAGUAGUGAGGCAGAUAUUGGUUUUUCUGGUUCAAAUCAUUUGCACGGAAGUUCUCUAUCAACGAUUUGUAGUAGUAGUAAUAGCACAAUUAGAUAUUUGGGAACUGAAAGAAUACAUGAAGAAAAGGGCGAUUCAGUAGAGGACUAUUUUUCAGCAAAACUGGCAGAUUCCAGCUCUCAAGAAACUUGUAGGACUUACAUGAGUUGUGAUUUUUUACUACAGAAAGGUUCUACGUAUAAGCAACGGGAAGUAGCGUUGCUGCUGAGCACCCUAAACAAGCUUUACGUGCUACUCUUGGGUGUGUCUACGAAUUAUCAAGGGAGCACCUUAAGUGUACUGUGUUCCCAUGAAAUCAGCGACUUAAAAGACGUUUCAGUUGGUCUAGGACUUCAGUUUGUAAGGCUACGCUUUUUAGAGGAUGCAGAAUACAUUUUUGUUACGAAGUGCAUUGAGAGGACAACAGAUUUACUCAAUAUCAUACAAGUUUUCGAUCCUCAGGCUACAAAUUCUAAAUGUUCUCUGCAAAGUCUAGAGAAUAUUCAGGUGGACUUGUUUGAGAAAGAAAUUUGUGGAGGAUUGAAGCUGAGUAUAUUCCAGUACAAUAUUCUCCAGUUUCAGAGCAGUACCCUUGGAGAAGCGUCGUGGCGUUGGCGGUCGCUAUUUGUGGCUGGUGGGCGUCUCUUUAUAUGCAAUGAAGACUUCGCGCAACUUAAUUCUCAAACAGCAUAUUCUUCUUCUGCUCCGUAUUUCUCGCUUGACUCGUGCUGCUCCAUUUCUGAUAUAUCUGAGAUGAUCAUUGAAUCGCAAGGUAGGGUUGUGUUACUGAAGAUCAAAGAGACCAGAAUAGUGGGUUUAGCUUUAUGGAAGCUUAAGUGGUGCAGCACUGAGAAUGCACUCAAGUUUGUGACUUUGCUCACAGCUCUUCACCCUGAUUCGCCACAGUGGCCGUUGGCUGUAAGAUACAGAAGAUAA